CAGACAGUCUCUAUCAAGACUCUCACACAGGCUGACUGACAGGUAAGUAAUACGACCUGCAUCACCGUUAUAUAAUCAUCCAAUCAGCGUUGACAUCAUGUUCAUUUUCUCUUACCUUCCAGGGCCUACAGUACUAACAGGGCUGACAGCUCGCGCCUCGCGAUAAAGGCAUCGACAGGCAGGCAGGCAGGUAGACAGGCAGGAUAUAAAACCUGGAUUUUUCACACUCUCACUGACUCCAGAUACGUACGUACGUGCAGUUUUAUUUCAACCUUCAACCUUCAUCAGCUGGCGGAGAGGAGCUUGUGUUCAGUGAUUGUUCUUUAUUGUGGGAAGGAGUAGUGUGCACUGAAGACCCGCGGGUAGAGAAAGUAGAGAAAGUGAGACUUGUGUUUCCUUCGCAGAUUGUGGUAGAUCUACGUGUAGUUUGGUCCAAACCGUGAAGGAGAGAUACUUAAUUGUAUGAAGAUAGGACUGAAGUUUUGGGACAUUUUUCCCUGAAGCUGGUGAAUAGUAUUGUUCUAUCCUCGUCGUUUUUUCGUCGUUUUGGGACUACAACGAACGAAAAGUGACAUAUUUAAUUUGGACUGUCUCAACGGAAUUAGUUAAGUAAAGUGAAUAAACGGCUUCGGUUUUCAAAGAUUUGAGGAUCAAUCAAAAAGUCGACCUGAAUUUUUCAAUUCGAAAAUAAAACUGAAUAAUUAUUCAGUUCGGAUCUGUACAUUUUGGAGAAAAUUGUGUCUCGUUGUCUGCAUUUAAAUACAAAAAGACAUGGAUAGAGAUUUCGUUGAGAAGACAGUGCAUGACUGAUACUGACCACAGACUCUUGGCGUACCGGGAGGAGAAUUUUGUGUUUUUGAGCAGGCUUACGCUGUGGUUAAGCACAAUGUAGUCCUAAAUGGUGUCAAAAAAUGAUACAUAUUGAUGAAAUUAUUUCCUAAAAUAACAAAAAUAAAUACAGUCGUUGAACUUUUACCAGGCUGAAAAUUAGAGUUUGUGAAUGAGAUAAGCAGCAGAGUUUUUCUAUGUAGUCCCAUUCUAAAGAUCGAAAGAGAAAUACGUUAUCCAAGUUCAGACUUGGAGGUCACUUUCUCAUCAGUAAAAAUAAAUUAUCCGAGUAUUUUUGCUGAAAAAAAAAUAUUCACUUAAAUUUGGAAAACGAAAAAGGAAACAAAAUGCCAGGGUCUAGCUGCAUUAUGUCGAGUCCCACCUUCCAAAAAUCCUUCUCCCCUCUCGACAUCACGAACCACUUUUUCCCGGAUGUGACGACAACGAAGCGCGCCAAACACUUCAGCACCGGAUGUGACACAAACGAGAACCCCACGAGCUACGAUUACGUCAUGAAGGUGAUCCUUCUGGGGGACCAGGGCGUUGGGAAGACGUCCUUCCUGAAGGCCUUGAAGGUCCACCCGGACGUGAACAAGGUCAAGUGUAGGUGUCGUCUGUCCCAGGCAUCGGACCACCUGGAGGUGGAGGUCUUCACCACCAUGGGGAAAGCGGCUCUAGUGCGUCUCUGUGAUACAGGCGGU